AUGGCUGCCAAACCCAUCAUCCAGGGCCAGGAGUUUCCUGUCAUCACGCCAACGUCGAUCAAAGACAUUGACGAGAUCCCCGUCAGCGUCGACCAGGAGCGCGUGCGCGUGCUGCCGGGGUCUACGAAGAGCGCUGCGUCAUUCCAGUUUGAUGGCGAGGACCACACGCUGGGGAACGCCCUGCGGUACAUUAUCAUGAAGAAUUGCAGUCCUGAUGUCGAGUUCUGCGGCUACUCGAUCCCCCAUCCGUCCGAGGCCAAGAUGAACAUUCGCAUCCAGAGCUACGACGACGUGGAUGUCUUCGACAUCUUGGAGAAGGGUCUACAAGAUCUCAUGGACAUGUGCGAUGUAGUCACGGAGAAGUUCAUCAUCGCAAGAGAGGAGUUCCGCAGCAAUAAGAUGCAGUCGUAG